AUGGAGGGCGGGAGGGCGCUGGAGGGCGUCGGGGUCGGGAGGCAAGCGACACCCCCGACCACAACGGCCAUGGAACAAGAACCGAGUCCCGUGCCCGUCGCGGAUGCACACGUCGACUCAUCCGCAGCCGCCCCCGAGCUCGCGCACGCGCCAGAGGAUAAGCAACAACAGGCCGAGAAUGUGCCGCACGUUGAGCUCUCGCGCCCCGACGGCGAGUCCGCGAACGCGAACUCGGACGCUCAGGCGGAGGAUGCGACCGCCACGCACGCGCUCGACGCCCAUCUCGAUCUCGCCGCGCCGAUCUCCGAGCGCACAGCUGAACACGCGGCAUUCAUUGAGAGACUGUUCUCAAAGGUAGAGGCGGAGAGCGAGCGUCGAGCAGAAGAGGAGGGCCGCGCGUCUCGCCUCGCCGUCUCCCCAACGCCCUCGCUGCCGGCUCCCCGACCCGCCGCCAACCGCCGGCGCGGCGGAAGCGUGUCCAUUUCGCGUCUUGGCGAGGCUAUCAUGCCCGAGAACGGAUCCGAGCCCAGCGUACCGCCUACGCCAUCCCGCCUCUCGACGAUCAUCAUGCAAUCGCCCAUUUAUCAAAAACAACUCGCCGCCGCUAGCGCCACGACGAUCUCAUCCGCCGCCUCCACCAAUUCUCUUCCGCACGAAGAACCCGCGCCGCGCCAUGCAGACGGGCGCUCCCGCUCGCCCUCCCCGACGCCGAGCACCGCGCCUCUGCACGACUCGAUAACGCAGUACGCGAUCCCCGCCAAACCGUCGCUCCCGCGCGCCGUCGCCCGCCGCCUCUCUCGCGCCCGCUCGCGCUCGAAGGAGCUCCUCGCGAGCCCUUGCCCCGACACUGGUGCGGUCGUCGUCGGCGUGCAGGUGCAGACGCAGACGAGGUCGAGGGCCGGGAGCAAGAGCAUCAGCCGGCCCGGGACGGCGUCGGGACUUAUUCCACCUGCGCAGACGGCGGGAGGGAGCCGCCCCGGCACGUCCUCGGGGCUGACGUCGUCCACCUCGCCCACCCUUGCGGAGGCACCGCCUUCGCCGAAGGACCAAGUGCUGGUGCCGAAGGACGUGGAUCAAAUGCCCGAUGCCCUGCCCGCGGAAGAACGCAGAAACGUCGGCGAGGAAGACAUUGAGGAGGAAGAGGAGGAAGACGAUCUGCCUCACGGUACGACCGCGACCGUGCACGUCGACAGGCCCGCGCGUAAACCGCGGCAUAGGUUCAUCGUAUUGAGCGACAACUGGGUCGCGAAGGCGAAGGCGUUCACGCUCCGGUUCAGGCGAAAGGGAAGGGCGACGGUCGUCAUUGUUGAUGCGGCGGCGUAAUCAACCUGCGUCGAUGAACAAGAGAAGACGUUUCCGUCCUGCGUUACAGGCUCAGCAAAAUCCACAUUCUCGUUUCUUGGGCUUUUCACUGUUGGUCUCUCGUCGGUAUCCCUGGCUCAUCACUUAUCACUGUUCAAAUAUCUCUCUCCGGCUCAUACACACUCGCUUCCGCACACGGACCGACCCGAUUCGCUCGUUCACGGCGUCUCAUCCUCAGCAGCAAAACCUUUAUCUGUUUCAUAUCACACUCAACCCACCGAACAUCCUAACACACCUCAUUCUAACCUCUUUCGGUCUUCGGGCACACAAAUGACGGACUUCCCCAGGAUUGUCUGUUUGUCUCUCUCACAACCCAGGGUUUUUCGGUAUAUAUCUCGAUGUUUUGGCAAGGGCGUUAUCGUUUCCCUUGUGUCUCCCUAGGAUCCUCUCCCUUAUCGUAGGACAUAAACGUAACAUCCCGCCCCUCACCACGCGUUUUCUUUACAUUAUCUCCUACGUUAUUCGCUUGUUCUGGCCUUGGCAUGGUUCGGAC